AUUACAGGUCGCUAGCUGCUAAAACGCUGGAACAGUCAGGCGCUAGCUAUGUUUAUUUGAGCGCUGUAGUUUAAAACCUUGCAAAAUGAGUUCUUCUGACGAAAGGUGUAAAGGCACAAAACGAUCUGCAUCUCCAAAUGAAACAGGAUCCACACAAUGGUCAUCAGCAGACUUGGGGACAGACGAAAGGAAGCAGAAGUUUUUGAGGCUGAUGGGAGCAGGAAAGAAAGAGCACACUGGACGCCUUGUUAUUGGGGAUCACAAAUCAACGUCACAUUUCCGAAGUGGGGCAGAGGAUCAGAAGAUCACCAGUGAGCUGGAGAACCAGUAUCAGCAGGGUCUGGAUGGGAAGCUUUCAGGAAGGAACAGGAGACACUGUGGUCUGGGAUUUAGUGAGCCUGAUCCACCAGCUGAGAUUCAGAGCACUGCUGCCUCAGAGCAAUCGCCGAGUUCAGAUGAGACCCCUGAGCAACCAUCAGAACAACACAAGGAAGAGAAAACACUUUCUUCUGACACAGAUGAGGAGCAGGACCAGCACACAGACUCAGAGGAGGAUAAGAAAAAGACUUUGAAAAAGGCUUUUGUGAAAGCAACAUAAAUGGGAAUGAAAGAGAUUUUUUUUGUUGUUGUAAUCUUUUCAUCUCCUAAAGUGUUUACUUUAGUAAGCAGUAAUUCACUCAGAAUGAUGGCACAUUUUUAAAAUUUCCUUAAAAUUGUGUUGUUCAAUUUUAAAUUUUAUUUUGUCAGUGCCAAGAUAUUUGAACGUUCUUGGCCUUAUCAAAUCGCAGCAGGAACCAUUUUUUCUCUCCAUAUAAAAUUAUUUUUUCACCCACAAAUGAAAGUUCUGUCAUCGUUUACUCACCCAGAUGAUUUCUAAUGACAUGAGGGCAAAGGGGGGAAAAUAUAUGGUGUUUGAAAGACAAACACAAAGGUGUGUAGAUGAAAACAGGAAUAUCAUUUCUGGGGAACCUUUACUUUAAGCAGGGUCGUUUACAAAUGAUAAGGUCUGCUAUUAGUAAAGAAGAACCAAAUGGAGGGGAUUUACAGACAAAAAUCGUGUAAUUUGUGUGUAUUAAAAGGAGUGUGAAAUGCUUGAGAUCAAUAAAGAGUUUAAACAAGGUUCUGUGGUUAGAAUUGAGAUCUUAAAAUCAAUAUCUUGCAGAUAUUUUUCAAAUAAUUGUAUCCACCUUAUUUUGUAACGCGGAAGUAAGUAGCAGCUGCAUUUCCGUCGAAUGUGUAAAAGUUCUACUGUUAUUGACCACAAUGUAAAUAAAUAGAAGGAUAAUAAUAACAGAAUUUAUCACAAAACCACAGGAUUUACAUCAGAAUGAUGGCCUAAUACUGGAUAAUUUUCUAACGUCAGCAUUUAUAGUAAAAGUGUAAGUGAAUAAUGUAUUUGUUGCUGUGUGUUGUAUUGAAGAGACGAUAAUAAAACCUACUUCUUAUUUUACUGAGAUCGUAACGAUGCAGUGUUUGUCGUUUCCAUGUAAACCUCCAUUUAUAUGCACAUGCAUAACAAUUACGCCUUUAUUUGUUUAAUUACGAAGGCGAUGUUUCAUAAGCCAUGUUUAAUGCUAGAUCUGCGUGUCUGUUUACUAUGAAUUUACUGUUUAUUUUAAAGAAAGAAAGAAUGCUCUCUGACAAGAAGAGUAAAAUGCGUUUAUUUAUUUGCCAAGAUGAAAGGAGAUGCUGUUUUGGUGCAAAGAAGGUUAAAACAGCAUUUGCCCGGUGGCUUUCUGCUCCUGGUUGUGUAAAGUUUGUGGAGGCCUGUCUCGUUCAUUCACAGUGCAACAAACGAUGGUAAAAUGCGAUAUACGGUAAAAUUCUAUGCGUUCAAAACAAAUGAGUUUAUGAAAAGCAGAAUUAAUGAUAAUAAAAUUACGACAUGUAUUGCCAGCCUGUAAUAUAAAGAAGCAUAAUGUAGUAUUUUAUUAUUUUUAUCGCUAAAAUAGCUGGAAGUGGCUUAUCCCGGAAGUGGUCCACAUUCAAGUUUGAUCAUGGCGGCGCCCUAAUUUCGCUGAAAAAUAAGGUGGAUUUUAUAAGCUAGCAAUUUGUGCGAGAGAGGAAAUAAAUCAGUGUUCUUAGAAUUGGAAACACUGCUUAAAGAAAGUGGAGAGUAAAAAAGGACUUAAACAUUGAGUUUCUCACCCACGCCUGUCAAAUCACUCCUGAAGAUACUGAUUUAACCACUGGAGUCAUAUGGAUCACGUUUAUGCAGCCUUUAUGUGCUUUCUGGAGCUUCGAUGUUCUGUCCACCAUUCACUUGCAUUGUAUUAACCUACAGAGCUGAAAUAUACUUCU